AUGUCUUCCUCCCACGACUACAUACACCCCCUUCAGCGACCCGAUGAUCCUGGCGAUACCUCCGGCUCUGAUGACGACGACCUGGACCUCGAGGAGCUUGACCCCAAUUCACCGCCGCCGCAAACCUCUCGAGAAUCCCGCGAUUACUCUGGAAGAUCGCGCAACUAUGGACCUGGUAUCGCCCUUCGGAAUCUACGUGUAGGUGGCGGGAAUCGGUGGAAACGCCUCUCGUCGGGAGAAGGGGAAGCACAGGAGGACACACAUGCGCUACUUGAGAAUCAUGGCGAUGACGGGCUACGGAGGUCGCAUGGUAGCUCGAGGAACUUAGCGGAGGAUGAUGCGCCAUUGCUUGAUCGUCGAAGUUCGACUCGGCUGCUCGGAGACGAUGAGCCAUCUCAAAAAGGCGGCCGAUUACGCUUGCCAAGUUUCAGAAGCCCUGGUUUCUUGCAAAGAGCAUCAAAUCGACUAAGACACAACCGUGAGGAUCACACAGCUAAGCCACCGCGAGAUGUGUUAGUCGGGCAACAGCAGCCAACUAAAUACCCACCAAACAUCGUGUCCAAUGCGAAAUACACCCCCUGGAGCUUCCUGCCACGCACGCUGUAUAACGAAUUCUCCUUCUUCUUCAAUAUCUACUUCCUCCUGGUUGCCUUGUCGCAGAUCAUUCCUAUCUUACGGAUCGGCUACAUGUCUUCAUACAUUGCACCAUUGGCAUGUGUGGUCUCCAUCUCUUUAGGGAAAGAGGCCCUCGACGACAUUGGACGCCGACGUCGCGACGCCGAGUCAAACGCUGAAGAAUUCACGAUCGUCUCUCUUGAAAAAUCAACCGCCAUAGAAAAAACAAAGAAAUCUCGGGACCUCAAGGUGGGGGAUGUCCUGAAGGUCCGCAAAAACCAACGACUGCCGGCCGAUGUCGUGAUUCUCAAAAGCAUCUCCAAUGAUUCUGGUUCUGAUCGCCCGUAUUCUAUCGAUGAUGUCAUCCCUGGCAGUUCUGCGGAACCAGCUGGUCUCCUUGGCCCUGGUCUGGAGCCCCCAGAUGCUGCUAGUGAAAGUCCGCCGGCCACUGUCGAUUCGUCUUCUAGUGAUACUUUCAUUCGAACGGACCAGCUGGAUGGAGAAACAGACUGGAAGCUUCAUCACCGCCAGCCCCCUGACAAGCGAGUCAAUGAGUUCGUUGGUACAAUUGAAUUGAGUGCCCCUAUGGGCUUUUAUGAUGCCCACGUCGACAAGUCGGCCUCUUUACAAACUCCAAGCAGAGAGCCAGGGGAUGGUGAAAGUUGCAAUAUGAACUCUGCACCUCUGACAAUCGACAACACUGCCUGGGCAAACACUGUCCUCGCUUCAAACACCAUCACGUACGCCGCCAUCAUAUACACCGGAUCGCAGACUCGAGCUGCACUUUCAACAUCAGCUUCGCGAUCAAAAGUGGGGCUCCUAGAAUAUGAGAUCAACAAUCUCACAAAAAUCUUAUGUGCUUUGACCCUCGCCUUGUCAAUUGUCCUUGUUGCCCUGCGAGGUUUUGAACCGACCAAUGACAAGGAGUGGUAUGUCUCGAUUAUGAUUUACCUCAUUCUUUUUUCGACUAUCAUUCCCAUGAGUCUUCGGGUCAAUUUAGAUAUGGCCAAAACUGUUUACGGUCGAUUCAUCCAGCGCGAUAAGGAUAUUCCGGAUACAGUGGUCCGAACAAGUACGAUCCCUGAAGAUUUGGGUCGAAUUGAAUACCUUCUAUCUGACAAAACCGGCACUUUGACUCAAAAUGAGAUGGAAUUGAAAAAGAUUCAUGUUGGCACUGUGUCUUAUGCGAAUGAGGCAAUGGAUGAAGUAUCAUCAUUCAUUCGUCAAGGCUUUGCUGGAAACAGCUUGACAACUCCGUCAACUGUAUUCGGCACUCAAUCUGGGCAAGCUGCCGCUCCACGGACAAGAAGAGAGAUUGGCUCUCGUGUCCGUGACAUCAUCCUUGCCCUUGCCCUCUGCCACAAUGUCACGCCAACAAACGAGGAGGAGGAUGGACGGAAGGUGACCAGCUAUCAAGCCUCCUCGCCGGAUGAGAUUGCCAUUGUUCAGUACACCGAGGAAGUAGGACUGAAGUUGUCAUACCGAGACCGCCAAAGCGUGAUCCUUGAAUCCACUGACUCCAAGCAAGUCGUCGUUCGCGUGCGCAUUCUUGACAUCUUUCCCUUCACGUCCGAUAGCAAGCGAAUGGGUAUCAUUGUCCAAUUCGAGCAAGAUGGCAAUUCCUUGGAGACCAACACCGAGCCUGAGAUCUGGUUCUACCAGAAGGGUGCGGAUACAGUCAUGUCAUCAAUCGUUGCGGCAAAUGACUGGCUUGAUGAAGAAACGGCAAACAUGGCGCGGGAAGGUUUGCGAACCCUUGUGAUCGGACGGAAGCGCCUUUCUCUGCAACAGUAUCAAGAAUUUGCUGCCAAGUACAAACAGGCAUCCCUCUCUCUUCAGAGUCGAGACCUUGGAAUGGCCAAGGUUGUGAGUGAAUAUCUUGAACACGACCUGGAACUUCUUGGCGUGACUGGUGUGGAGGAUCGUCUCCAGCGAGAUGUCAAAUCGUCUCUUGAGUUGAUGCGCAAUGCCGGAAUCAAGAUUUGGAUGUUGACUGGCGACAAGGUAGAAACAGCACGGUGUGUUGCCAUUUCAGCAAAAUUGGUUUCUCGAGGACAGUACAUCCAUACCGUUUCCAAGGUGACCGACAAAUCUGCCGCUCAAGAGGCGCUAGACUUUCUGCGCAAUAAGACUGACUGCUGCUUGUUAAUUGAUGGCGAGUCCCUCGGCCUGAUGCUUUCUGAAUUCCGAACUGCUUUUGUCUCUGUGGCGGUACUCUUACCUGCUGUCAUUGCGUGCCGAUGUUCUCCAACGCAGAAAGCUGAGGUGGCUGACUUGAUUCGGAAACACACGAAAAAGCGUGUGUGCUGUAUUGGCGACGGCGGCAACGAUGUUUCCAUGAUUCAGGCCGCCGAUGUUGGCAUUGGUAUUGUGGGCAAAGAGGGUCGCCAGGCCUCCCUGGCGGCCGAUUUCAGUAUCACCCAGUUCCACCAUCUGACCAAACUUCUCGUUUGGCACGGCCGCAACUCGUAUAAGCGCUCCGCCAAGCUUGCGCAGUUCAUUAUGCAUCGUGGACUCAUCAUCAGUGUGUGCCAAACUAUGUACAGCAUCGCAGGUCACUUCGAUCCAAAAGGCCUGUUCAUCAACUGGCUCAUGAUCGGCUACGCCACUGUCUACACGAAUGCGCCCGUCUUCUCACUCGUUUUUGAUCGAGAUGUUGAUGAGCGCCUUGCCAACCUCUACCCAGAAUUGUACAAAGAACUCAAGACCGGCAAGAGUUUGAGUUAUCGCUCAUUCUUCACUUGGGUGCUUAUCUCGGUCUACCAGGGCGCCGUCAUCCAGGGCUUGUCUCAGGUUCUUUUGCAAACCAUCACUGGCCCACGCUUGAUCAGUAUCUCCUUCACAGCUCUGGUUCUCAAUGAACUCGGCAUGGUGGGUAUUGCAAUCACGACUUGGCAUCCUGUAAUGAUUGUCUGUCUACUCGGCACCGCCCUCUUGUACGCAGGCAGUGUUCCAUUCCUCGGAGACUACUUCAAUCUGCACUACGUGAUCACGCUUGACUGGCUCUGGCGUGUGGUGGUAGUGCUUGCUGUUUCCUUGCUUCCUGUUUGGGCUGGCAAACUGAUCAAGCAGUCCUGGAGCCCCCCGAGCUACCGCAAGGUGCGCGGAUGA